GACUUGUUUGCUCUCUCUCUCUCUCCCCGCCGCGCUCUAUUCUCUCUGGGUUGAGCAAAAUCAUAAACGACUUUGUUUCAUCUUCUUCGUCAAGUUAGGAUCUUAUGAAUUUAUCUUAUGUAAUCAGGCCAAAGUAUGGAGCUUUCUGAUGUAAACAACGUCAAGAGCACAAGACCAAAGCAGCCACCAAAACGUUUCAUCAAGAACCAAAUCCCUGAAUCAAUCCUUAACGAUGCUUCUCUCAACGCUGCUAUCUCAAUCCUACCUUCAAUUUACCAGUUUGAGGUACACAAGUGCGUUUGGCGGAUCAAAUCGUUGAACGCUAAACGCAUAGCUCUGCAGCUUCCUGAGGGUCUUCUCAUGUACGCACUCACACUCUCUGACAUCUUCACAUCUUUUGCUGGAGCGCUUCACUGUUUUGUACUCGGUGAUGUUACUUAUGGAGCUUGCUGUGUUGAUGAUUUCUCUGCGGUUGCUCUUGGUGCUGACUUGCUUAUUCACUAUGGACAUAGUUGUCUUGUCCCUAUUGACUCUACCAAAAUCCCUUGCCUUUAUGUCUUUGUCGAUAUACAGAUUGAUGUCAAGUGCCUUUUGAACACCAUCCAUCUUAAUCUCACGAGUGAUGCCAAGAACAUCGUUCUUGCAGGCACGAUUCAGUUUAGUUCGGCUAUUAGGGCUGUGAAGCCUGAUUUAGAGAAGCUAGGUUUUAAUGUUUUGAUCCCUCAGUCAAAGCCUUUAUCAGCUGGUGAAGUACUUGGCUGUACAGCUCCAAAGAUUAAGAUGGUUGAGGGUUGUGAAGACCAAGUACUUGUGUUUGUAGCUGACGGGAGGUUCCAUCUAGAAGCAAUCAUGAUAGCCAAUCCAAAGAUCAAGGCGUUUAGGUACGAUCCAUAUCUUGGAAAGCUGUUUUUAGAGGAGUAUGAUCAUAAGGGAAUGAGGGAGACAAGAAGGAGAGCAAUUGCAAGGGCCAUGGAUGCAAAAACUUGGGGGAUUGUGUUGGGGACAUUGGGAAGGCAAGGGAAUCCUAAGAUUCUUGAGAGGUUAGAGACGAAAAUGAGGGAGAAUGGGAUAGAUAGCACAGUUGUUUUAAUGUCUGAACUUAGCCCUACAAGAGUAGCAUUGUUUGAAGACUCGGUGGAUGCUUGGGUGCAAAUAGCAUGUCCAAGGCUUUCUAUUGAUUGGGGUGAGGCCUUUCUUAAACCGCUUCUAACAACUUAUGAAGCUGAGAUUGCUCUAGGAUACAUCAGCGGUUGGUGGGAGAAGGAUACUUCGAGCAGAGGAGAUUCUUUGGCUGGCUGUUGCAAAGAGAAGAACGAAACAAGUUGUGCGUGUAGUAGUAAUGAGAACGUGGAAAAUGAUAAUAAAGAGGAUGAUGGGGCACUCGAUGGAGACUAUCCAAUGGAUUAUUAUGCACAAGAAGGUGGAGAAUGGAACUCUUCAUAUCUCAAGAAGGCAUCUCGUCCCAUUCGAAGAAACCCUUUACCUUCUUUUAUAGUUUCCCACACAGAGUAGCUGAUAUAACCCAAGUCGGGGAAUGUGUUGUUGAUUAUUAGCUUGGGGAAGUCUUCAAGUGAAACUGUCGACUCUGUAUGAGUCUUUGACAGAAGUUGAAGACUCAUAUGCAGUUUUUCUAUACAAGCCGUGAGGAUUAAAGGGCUGUUUGUAGAGAGGCUACAACACUUGUUUCUCCCGUUUACUGAGAUUUUGUCUGCUCAAAUUUUGUUUUGAUAAAACAAAAUGGUGAUAGAAGUGAAAAAUAUAGGCCCUGCAGUAAAAGAUACUGAUGAUGUUUGUUGCAGAUCUGAUUAGGUUUGGUUUUGAUUUUGAAGUUUUGGUUUGAUCCGGCCUCAUGUUUUUUUAUUGUUAUAAUUAUACAUUAAUGAGCUCCAUAA